UGCAGAACAACCUAAUCGGCGUUUGAUUUGAGAAAGGAAAAAUGGAUUUACAUGCACGGUAGUCUCAUGAAGAGAGGAGGGGACAUGGGCGGGGCCGAGGCGCCUGUCGUUUCCCCUCCACGCUUAGCGGGGCAGCAGGGCUGGAAAUACCUCCCGGGAGCACAGUCGCCAGUCCAGCACGGAGACCCGCCUGGCCAAAAGAACGCGCCUCACACUUACCAGGAUUGCCAGAAAUUCCUGAAAAAUAUACCUGCUAUUUAUGGCAUGUGGCUUGUAACUUUACUCCUGCUGUACUCUCUCCAAGAAGUACACAGUGAGGAUGUGGUCUCUACCAGGCUUUACUUUGUGAAUGCCUCCCUGCAGAAGAUAACCUACUCCAGCUCAGUGGGGGUGUCCCUGCCCUGUCCUGCAGGAGGCACCCCCAGUGCCAUACUGCGCUGGUACCUGGCCACCGGCGACGACAUCUACGACGUGCCCCACAUCCGCCACGUCCAUGCCAACGGCACCCUCCAGCUGUACCCGUUCUCGCCCUCCGCCUACAACAGCUACAUCCACGACAAUGACUACUUCUGCACCGCCGAAAACCAGGCCGGCAAGAUCCGCAGCCCCAACAUCCGCAUCAAAGCCGGCCACUUUAGUCCCUCCCCCUUCCCUCAUGCCAUCAACAUCUGUUUCCAUAUUCUGCCUCCCAACACAGGCCUGAACUAA